UCCGUUCAACAUUACCGAAGAAGUCCGUCAUCAUUGGUUGAUUUGAAGUGAGGUCGAUCAAGCCGGUCAAAGUUUCUUCAUUCAUGAUGUCUCUGCGCUCGUAUUCAUCGGGCUCUUACAAGCAAGCACUGGCAGUCUCUAGAGAACAAGAGACUCGUGCAGAAGGAGGAAGGGCACAAGGUGGGGAGGAAGGUAGAAGCGCAAGACCUAAGGCAAGAUUCCACAUGAGGUUCUUCAAGAGUCACUGGAGCAGUCUCAACAGAGGAAAUGGUGCAAGUCGCAACAGAAGAAAUGGUGCAAGUCGCAACAGAAGAAAUAACUGUCAUUCAGGAUCCAGUUGUCAUUCAGUCACCAUCAAUUUCUCACAAGACAAUGAUUGUGGCACUCAAAUACAAGCAAACAUAGCAUCACUUCACUUCACAAGAAAAGCCUCACAAGUGCAAACGCCAGCAUGCAAACUAGCCAACCAAGAUCUUCUUUGACGCUCCGGGAAAGACUUUGAAAAAUUCAACGAACGCCAUCUCAUAUGCGUCCUCACUCAACCGGCAUCAUCCAAUCCUGAUUCAUAGAUCACAGCUCAUUCAAGCGGCAUCGUUCUCUUCUUG